CUGUACAAGGAAGCGGCAGACAAAAACAAGAGAUAGCAGUACUACUACGGGAUUAAAAACACAAUUACGAAUGUUGUGGGUGUUUCACAAGGAACAUGUCAACUGAGGAGGGAGGAGAAGGAAAAAAUGAUCCGAAUGUGGCCAUGUCACCUGAAAGAAUGGCCACUGAUAAAAGCAGAGAAAUCCAGAACCAGGGUAAUGUCGAGGCAACAGGAGGCCCCGCAGACACCAGCACAGCAGAGAAAAACCUGGCUUUGCUUAAAGCACACUCUCUGGACGUGAAGUUUGACGUUGGAGAGGAGUAUGAUGUCAUAGAAACCAUCGGCACAGGGGCCUAUGGCGUCGUUUCCUCUGCCAGGAGAAGGGACAAUGGCCAGCAGGUGGCGAUAAAGAAGAUCUCCAAUGCUUUUGAAGUGCUGACAAAUGCUAAACGCACACUGCGAGAGCUGAAGAUUCUCAAGCACUUCAAACAUGACAACAUCAUCGCCAUCAAAGACAUCCUGCAGCCUAACCUUCCUCACUCUGCCUUCAAGUCUGUGUACGUGGUGCUGGACCUGAUGGAGAGUGACCUGCACCAGAUCAUACACUCUUGCCAGACGCUCACCUCAGAGCACACGCGCUACUUCCUGUACCAGCUGCUCCGCGGCCUCAAAUAUGUGCACUCUGCCAACGUCAUCCAUCGCGACCUCAAACCCUCCAACCUGUUGGUCAACGAGAACUGUGAGCUGAAAAUUGGAGACUUCGGCAUGGCAAGGGGUCUCAGUUCUCACCCCGAGGAGUCUCACUCCUUCAUGACUGAAUAUGUUGCAACUCGAUGGUACCGUGCUCCUGAACUCCUGCUGUCUCUGAAUCACUACAGCCUGGCUAUUGACAUGUGGUCUGUGGGUUGUAUCUUUGCGGAAAUGUUGGGCCGUAAGCAGAUUUUUCCUGGGAAGCACUAUGUCCACCAGCUCACGCUCAUUUUGGGUGUGUUAGGCACUCCUCCUGAGGGGUUGAUAAGUACUAUUAGAGCCGACAGGGUGCGCUCCUAUGUCCAGAGUCUUCCAUCACGGUCUGCUGUACCGUUGGCCAAACUGUACCCACAAGCUGAACCCGAGGCUUUGGACCUGCUGCUAAACAUGUUGAGCUUCGACCCUCGUGAGAGAAUCAGUGUGACGCAAGCGCUGGAGCAUCCUUACCUGUCAAAGUACCACGACCCGGAUGAUGAGCCAAUAUGCGUGCCAGCUUUUGACUUUGAAUUUGACAAGCUUCAGAUGAACAGGGAACAAAUUAAAGAGGCCAUUCUGAUGGAGAUCCAGGACUUUCAUCAAAACAAACAGGGCUGCCGUCAAAGACUGCAGUUCAGGCCCUUGGCAAGGGCAAACGUCAGAGCAGCAGCACAAAGCAGCAACCAGUGUAACGCUCAGCCCUCUGCUGUUCACCUAAACAAAUCCACACUGGUUCCAAUGGCACAACACCCACAAGCAGCACAGAUUCAACAACAGCAAAUGAGGGAAGUGGAAUCUCAACAGCAACAAGAUCACACACCAGCAGAAGGGAGCCACACAUUUACAACUGGGUCCCUUUUAAAAGCCGCCCCACCUCACUUGACACAUCAUUUGCCUCUACUUUCCAAAAGCGAGAGUGGCCCAGUUGAUGUGGACAUGCCCAGUGCCAACUCAGACAGUGGUCAGCCUGAAACUAUAGAUUUAACAACACCGGUGUCUGGUCAGGAUGCUCUGUCAGAAACAAUGAGAGACAGUGAGGUGCAGGAGCAGCUAACAGGAAGUCAGCCCACGCAGAACCAGAACAUGACCCAGGCUCCCUCAUCUAUUCCAGGAACGCCAGCACAAACCAUGACCCCCCUACCCGCCACUGUGCCUUCCCUAAGUCUCUCCGCGGUUCAGGCCCAGUCUCUGUCUCAGACCCUCUCACAGUCACUGUCUAAGAACGCCCGGCCUCCUCCAGGUGGCGGAGAGGGGACCAGAAAAGAAGGAGCCAUUUCAGAGGAUACGAAAGCUGCUCUUAAAGCGGCUUUAUUGAAAUCAGCUCUCAGAAACAAAGCCAGGGGUGAUGGAGGUACCUCUGCGCUGGGCAUAGACGUUGCCGCAGGAGGAGGUGUAUCAUCCUCCCUGUCUUCAGUUCCAGAUUCGCGUCGGCCCGUCACAGCUCAGGAGCGCCAACGGGAAAGAGAGGAGAAAAGAAAAAAGAGGCAGGAACGAGCACGAGAGAGGGAGAGGAAAAUAAAGGAAAAGGAGAGAAGAGAGGGAAGGCAGGGGGACUCGCUGGGUGGGGUUCUGCUGAGUGACGACGACAAAAGCCUUUUGCAACGUUGGACAAAGAUGAUGGACAGCCGCAAUGAGAAAUCUUACUCUCCUAAUAACGACGGAGCAAAGAACAACGACUGUAAUGUGAACUCCCACCGGGGUGUAGCUAUCGGUGAUCAAACCCAAGGAGCCGUGAACAAUAAGACAGCCAAGGAAGCUAUUAAACAAUUACUCUCACAAGUUAAACCUAACCAGCAGGGCCUGUUUCAGCCUCCCAGCACCCAGCCACCACCCUUACAUUUCUCCUUGAGCCAGAGGAAACCUUCAGCGGACGCGGCCGUUGCUGUAAGCGGAGGGAUGGAUAUAAUGUCGGUCACUAGUGGCUUUGUUAAGAACAACACGCUCAAACCUCACAGCGAGCGCAACGGACAGAGUGGUUUCAGCUGUUUGGGGAAUUGGAACGGGCAGCAUCUCGAGACGAGGCCGCCUCAACAACCACAACCAAACAGGAAACCGCAGCCUCCUCCGUCGAGCUUUCUCCAACCUCAGAUUCAAACCCAGCCUGACCCUCAACCCCACACGCAACUGCUCCCCCUGGAGAGUUUUUUGGCUAAAGCUCAGACAUUAACCAGCAGAGAGACAAAUGGGAAUGUUGAUAUCAGACGCCAGAAUAACCUCAACGCCCACCCGAACCCCUCGACUGCAACCAAUGGUCCGAUGGAGAAGCUGUGUACCUCUAUAGGAGAGAAAUCCAGGACACAGACUACAAACCCUCUCUGUGGGGCUUUAGGGGUCCCCUCACAGCCUCAUCCCAGUUUAGGAUUCACAGACACUGGACAGCAAGGGCCCUCUGUAGCCCCUGACAUCCAUACAGUCACACUGCAGCUCUCAAAGUCCCAGGUGGAGGACGUUUUGCCCCCAGUGUUCUCCGUCACCCCUAAAGGCAGCGGGGCCGGGUACGGUGUGGGUUUUGACCUCGAUGACCUUCUCAACCAGUCUCUCACAGACCUGCAACACUGUGACAGUUACGACUCGGCCCCCCUCUCAGCCUCCCUGCUCUCUGACUGGAGCGAGGUGCACCGCAUGACGCCAGCUGAUCUGGAAUCGCUGCAGCAGGAGUUACAACUCGGCUCUCCCAUGAUCCUCUCUGAUACCAUUCCUCCUGAUGCCUGACCUUCCCUGCCUGGACUUUAUAAGACAACACUUUGAUUUGUGUGAAUGUUCGAUUUUUUAAUAUAGCAUGAAAAUCUUGACUGAAGACUUAUACAGACUAACUUAAAAAGCUAGCUUGUUUUUCUUUUUUUAAAUAUGCACUUUUUGUAUUACCAUAAUGACAUGUUGCGCUCUCUUUCUAAUAAAGAAGUGUCAUCACCUGC